AUGCUAAGUAGUGAUUGUAGCAGUAUUGCUGGACCAUCACCAAGCACAAGCUGGUUGAUGUAUUCUCGAACGUAUAGCAAGAGCGAGCAAGCAAUUGUCAAUGAAUCAAACGAAAAGAUAAGAAAAGACAAUUCAAAGUCUAAAGGCGGAGCCAAGCUAACUGAUCAUCACAACCAUUCCCAUGCAAAAGACUCUUCAUCUUCAGAUAAAUUCUUGCUCGAAAAUGGGGGCAAGCGCAAGAAAAAAGCAAUAGAUCAUGUUGAAGAUGAUUCAUCAGAAGAGGGGAAAUCUGCAAAACGAGUCAAGCUGGUGGAUGACAUGAAGCCUGCAUAUUCACAACUAGUUGCCGAUGCCACUGCGUCCGCCACAGCAAAAGUCAAACAACAAGUAAAAUCCAUCAAGACGUGUAAAACACAGGAAUCCAACACUGUGGAUGAGGCACAAUGUGGAGACUCGAAGAGAUCUCAUAAGGGCUGGGUGUGGGUUGAAGAACGGCCAGAAUCUAAUGAUUUACUGCCCAAAGACAAUCAGCACGUUCAAAGUCAGGUUGAAACCUCCUCACGCCGGACACGAUCAGGAAGAGCAAUUGGAUAG